CCGGAAUACCGUAAGGCUGUCGUUCUUUUGUUCGUUUCACGACAUGCGGCAGUGGUGCUGCUGCUUCUUUGCGGCAGUUCCAUGGGCAACAAGCACCAACAUCUGGAAAAGCAUUCACAAUCGAGGGUGUAGCAAUUUCCCGUCCAUGGACGCCAGGGCUUCCGAUUCGGAAAUUUAUUCUUGCUCCCGGGAAGAUAACAACAGGGAUGCCGUCGAGAGAUGGAUCUCGGCUGUCUGGUGGUCUCUGAAACUUGAUUUUUCGAACACGCGCCACUCGAAAGAGAUAAAGGAUCUCCUUUUUCUGGAAGACGAAGCCGGCUUCAAAAAUGCUUCGUUGCCAUCCUCCACCCACGAAAAAGACAGCAACGACGUUGGCGAAAAACUCCCUCGAUGGAUUGUCCGAGGCAUUCCCGAGAAACCUCGAUACAAGGAAGUAGGGAUUCGAUUGUUUGAAUGGAACCAGCGGUAUCUUCGGUUCCGUGAAACGAGUACCAAUGGCGGCGGGGUUCUCGCGAACCAAAGGAUCGCGAUUCCGGCCGAACAACUGGGAUUCGAAGAGCACGGGUUCGGCGAAUCCACAAUGGGCUACAACCCCAGCAGCAGCAGCAGCGGCCACCCGGAAGAGGGCACAACCCCGCCGCAAUCCAUCCAAGGGGUUCGAUCGUGGCUCUCGGUGGCCGGCGACCGCGGGAUCCUGCGGUUGCUGGGCCUCCGGGACACCGCCGGCUCGGUCCUCCCUAUCGAGCGCCGCCUCUUGCUCCCCUCCCGCGCCGAGCUGCAGAGAGCGGCCGCGGUCCUGCACGAGAAGAAACCGAAACCCGGGAACGCAAACGCGAACACCGCAUCGCCUCCGUCCCGUCGCGCCCACAACGGCGUCUCCAGGCCGAGGGCGAAGCAGGCCCUCCUGACGGUGGCGGCACGGGCCCGGUCGAAGCACGCCCACCGCGCGCUGACGGAAGCCUCGUUUUUCGGCGUCGCCAGGGGGAGCGUUGCCCGGCAAAACCGCGAAACCUCCGACCUGCUCGCCGAGCUCAUGGACGACUGCGUCUGGAUCAACUGCCACAAUUUUGGUGGGGUGAACAAGGACACCUCGUCGUCCUGGGUGCUAGAAAUCCGCCAGGAAAGGGGAUACGGUGCCCGGUGGCUCCUGGAACAGCCGGACGCCGCGGCGACGGAAGCGGACGACGGAAGCACGGGUUGCUUUUUGUUGCGGCCCGGACACCACCAAAAGGACCGGAACCUCUCGGUGUCCUUUCGUGGAUUUCUAGAGCCGCAGGCGGAGGACGGGCACGAGAAUCGGUGGAGACACUAGCUAGUCAACAAACAAGCAAAUUACCGAGCUAUCUUUCUUUACUAGACACUAUUUAAUCAAUCAAUCAAUCACCU